CUUUUUUUUUUCCUAUUCAAAUAUGACUGACGUUCAGCUGAACGAAGUCCGCACCGGUUCGAUCGCGGACUCGUCGUCGCCCGACAACUACCUCAUGAAGAAUGGCGACCCCAUCGACUACUGCUUGGUUGUCCAGACCAACAACAAGUGGUUUGAGGCCGCCGCGGAGAGCCGCAACAAGUACCUUGACGAGCUCCAAAAGCGCUUCCAACUCACCAUUGAGCACGAAAAGUCCUCCGAUGGUCUGUGGGAAUGCUACAAGGUCUCGUCUUCGUUCGACCGCCUCCUUCACGAGGCUGAUCGCAUCAAGUUGAAGCUGUCCAUCAAGUGCGACGCCGAUUACCCCAAGAUCUCGUUCGCUGAACAGGCUGCGCGCGGUGUCAUCAACACGCUGAUGGUGUGCUGCCGUGCGGGCGUUCCGCUGGAUGAGGAGGAGGAGUCGUUCACCGCCACCUUCCGCUACGACCGCAAGGACAAGUUCCUGAACAUUGAAGACCCCAAGCUCUUCUUCAACCAGACGCAGCGCUCGCUGCUCGUGUACUCGAUGCUCAACCGCACGCGCUUUGGCCCCAAGCCGUCCGACGUGGGUGUGCCGGCGCUCCAGCUCAAGAACGUCUUCACUGCCACCUACCCCCUGCACGACGGCCCCACCAACCGCGAGACCCUGCCUCCGCCGGCCAACUCUGUCCGCUACAUUCUGGCCUCCAAGUGGGCUCGCUUCAAGUGCUUCUUCCGCUUCCAGCCCCUCAACCUCAUCCGUCGCUACUAUGGCGAGCAAAUUGGCCUCUACUAUGCUUGGCUCGGCUUUUACACGACUUGGCUCUUCAUUCCGUCCAUUCUUGGCAUUCUCGUCUUCCUUUACGGCGUUGGCACCUACAAGGACAACGAAAUUGCCCAACAAGUCUGCUCUUCUUCAAUGGUCAUCUGCGGUGUGUGCAACACGUGCAAGAACUACACCCUCAGCGACGCCUGCAACACGUACCAGUAUUCAAACUUUUUUGAUAACGAAGCCACCCUUCCGUUCGCUGCCAUCAUGUCGCUGUGGGCGACGCUCUUCCUCGAGUUUUGGAAGCGUCGCAACGCCGAGAUUGUGUUUGACUGGGAUGUGAUUGGCUUGGAAGAGGACGAACCGCCGCGCCCGCAGUACUAUGGUACCGAAAUGCGCAAGGACCCCAUUUCCGGCGUGGAGGAGGAAUACUACCCCUUCAAGCGUCGCAUCUUCAAGUUUUUGACCUCCGUCUUUGCCAUCGUGACCCUGCUUGCUUGCGUUCUGAUUGCCGUCGUUGCCGUCCUGUCGUACCGCCUCGCUGUCCGCGCCUCGUUCUACAACAGGGACCCUUCGAAUGCGUCUGCCCUCACUGCGUUCACGGCUGCGCUUCUCAACUUGACGUGUAUCGUGAUUCUCAACCGCAUUUACACCAAGCUCGCCACCAUCAUGACGGACUGGGAAAACCACCGCACUCAGACCGACUAUGACGACGUUCUCAUCUUUAAGAUUUUCCUCUUCCAGUUUGUCAACUCGUACGCCUCGAUCUUUUAUGUCGCCUUCUUCAAGGGCAAGUUCCGCAACGUGCCUGGCUCGUCGGACACGCUGUUUGGCGAGACGCUGGACGGCUGCCCGCCCUACGGCUGCAUGAUGGAUCUCACCAUCCAGUUGGUCAUCAUUUUCACUGGUAAGCAGGUCGUCGGCAACAUUAUCGAGCUUGCCGUCCCCAUGCUCAAGUCCAUCUCGUCCAAGCGCAAGGUCGACCAAGUCAACUCUCCCCAGUGGCAGCGCGACGCCAGCCUGAACAUGUUCGGCGGCCUCUUUGGCGAGUACCUCGAGAUGGUUUUGCAGUACGGCUUCAUCACCCUGUUCAUUGCCGCCUUCCCGCUUGCCCCCUUGCUCGGCUUCCUGAACAACAUUGUUGAAAUCCGCCUUGAUGCCGUCAAGCUCGUUGUCACCACUCGCCGUCCCCCGCCGAUUCCCGCUGAGGACAUUGGCACUUGGCAGGCCAUUCUGACGGUCGUCGGUGGCAUUUCCGUCAUCACCAACGGUUUUGUCAUUGCCUUCACUUCCGAGUUCAUCCCCCGCCUCGUGUACAAGGAUGUCCAUGGCAGCCUCAACAACUACAUCCAGGACAGCUACCCGACGGCCCCUGUUGGUCCCCCCUGCCACUACAAUGCAUGGCGUGACACCACUGGCGAGUACCUGCCCAUCUUCUGGCAGAUGCUUGCUGCCCGCUUUGCCUUUGUCAUUGUCUUUGAGCACGUCGUCUUUAUUCUGACUCGCAUUGUCGCAUUCAUCAUCCCCGACGUUCCCGGCGCUGUUCGCCUUGCUCUUGAGCGCGAAAAGUUCCAGGCUGAUCGCGUCAUGGGCGAUAACUGAGCGGCCAAGUCUCUUUUUUUUUUUAUAAGUGUUUAGCUCUCAGUCUCGAAUGCAUGUUGCAAUGUUUUCCGCGCUGCUCUUUUUUGUGUGUGUGUGUUGUAUCAGUACACGUUGUUUGUGCUUUCUGCGC